UUCCGAAGAGCCGACGUUGACGUGUCUCGUGGCAGAAUUUCUUCUGUCACAAAGUGCUGUACAAUGAGGGUGAUAAAUAGGUUAAUUUGUCUGCUUUUCGUGUUUGCCGGUGCAAACGCCGGUGGUCCGACUCUCGUUUUACUGGAUAACCUUGCAAUUAAAGAGACACACUCGAUAUUUUUCAAGACAUUACAGGAUAGUGGCUAUGUAUUAACUUUCAAAUCAGCUGAUGAUGCAAAUCUGCAGCUCUCCAAGUAUGGUGAAUAUUUAUAUGAACAUCUAAUAAUAUUUGCACCCACAGUUGAAGAAUUUGGUGGUGCUUUGAGUGUGGAAGCAAUAACAGAAUUCAUCGAUGGUGGUGGAAAUGUUUUGAUUGCUGGCUCCUCACAAUCUGGUGAUGCUUUGCAUGAACUAGCCUCAGAAUGUGGCUUGGAAAUAGAUGAGGAAGGUUCCACUGUGAUCGAUCAUAUGAAUUACGAUGUUUCUGAUAAUGGUCAGCAUACCACUAUAGUAGCAGAUCCAGCUAAUUUGAUAGAUGCUUCAGUCAUUGUUGGAAGCAAAGACAUCCCUCCAUUGCUCUAUCAGGGAACUGGGCUAAUUGCUGAUUCGGAUAAUCCUUUAAUUUUACGUCUAUUAUCAGCAUCCACUUCAGCAUAUACCUACAAUCCAGACCAAGUGAUUAAAGAGUAUCCACACGGUGUUGGUAAAAAUACUUUGUUGAUAGCAGCUUUACAGGCAAGGAAUAAUGCCAGAGUUUUAUUCUCGGGUUCGAUAUUUUUCUUCAGCGAUGAGGCAUUCACCAGCCCUAUUCAAAAGGGACAAGGUGGUCAGAGAUACGAGAAAUCUGGAAAUCAGAUAGUAGCCAAGGCCAUGGCGCAGUGGGUAUUUAAAGAGAACGGCGUCAUACGCGUGUCGGCUGUUCACCAUCAUCGAGUUGGCGAGUCGCAGCCUCCAGCUGCAUACACAAUCAUGGACGACGUGGUGUAUUCGAUCAAUGUCGAACGACUGUCAGGAGGCAAGUGGGUGCCCUAUGAGACGAAUGAUCUGCAGCUGGAAUUUGUGCGAAUUGAUCCAUUCGUCCGUAUGACCAUGAAACCUGUAGGAAACGGACGUUAUGAAGGCAGGUUCAAGAUUCCCGAUGUAUACGGGGUGUACCAGUUCAAAGUGGACUACAAGCGCAUCGGUUUGACCCAUCUCUACAGCACUACCCAAGUGUCUGUGCGUCCGCUGCAACACACGCAGUACGAACGCUUUAUACCUAGUGCGUUCCCAUAUUACAUAAGCGCGUUCUCGAUGAUGGGUGGCGUGUUUCUGUUCUCUCUUGUGUUUCUCCACUACAAAGACGAUAUGAAAUCCAAGUCUGAGUGAUUUAUUAAUGUUUUGAUGUUCGUAAAUAUUGUUUGUCUCUUUUUGUCUUUUGAUAUUUGUUUUCAAAGACCAUAGUAUCACUUCUUUUUUUUUAACGUGACACUAGAAUAAAUUAAAGAUAAAAGUUAAAUUUUUAAAGUCGAUAUAUUACUCUUUACACUUUGGAGUAAACUGUUAUACUAAUUUCAAUAUAGACAUUCUCUUUCAAUGCAGUACUGAAUGAAUAGUAUAUACUGUGUUGCAAAAAUUGUAUUUCUACAUGUUAAGAUUUUACACAGUGCUUCUAUAAAAAAAAUAGCAAUUAAAAAAAACUUGCACACAGUUUACGUUUAUCUCGAUAUUUCUUUAAAGAUUAGAGCACUGUUUUUCUAUGUAUAUAAAAUACUUUAUAAUAGAUCUUUUGUAUGUAAUAUUAAGAAUUUGUAAUAACUGCUGUGGAGCAAAUAAACAUUAUUUGAUCAAUUAA